UAUAAACCAAGCUUGGUUUGUGUGUUUCUGUGAAAAGUGGUAUAGCGUGCUUGGCACGGUUCAUUUAACAUUUUAGUUAUGAUUUUUAGGUUCCGGAAAUUUCGAAGUACAGAAAAUAUUAAAUACCCUAGGAUAGCAAUUGCAUAAUUACAUUAACCUUGGAAUGAUUAAGGCCAAGGAAUUGUGAAAACUGUUGUUCAAACAUCAGUCUUCUUCACAAUCUGAUAUCAUUCAGCCUGCUGAAGUAUUUACUUAAAAGCACAUCGGAACACAGGAUAAACAAACACAACUGCUUUGCACAUGAAUGCCUUGCCUAGCUAGGGCGUAUACAAGAGGCGCAUAGUUAGCAUACAAUACUUAAACAAGGUUGUAUGAGCCUGCUGGUGUUCUAUGGAUGAUACAAGUACGCACGAAGAACCUGUCUACGAACAGUUUAAGGACAAGAACGCAUUCAUUCAAUAUCUUACGGUGAAACGGAAAUCGAGGACAGCUAAGCUACUAACAUGUCCUUCUCAACCUAGUUUUUGAAGAAUUAAACUUCGGCUAGCAGUCAACUGGAAUUUUUUAGCUACCGACUGCAUAGUUUUUCAUACAAGGUUUUCCCUACCAAUUAUACGCCUAAUUGUGUUUUGAACGAUCCUAUACUUAUUGAAAAACAUGAAGAAAACUGGAGGAACAUACAGAAGCUAUAUUGAGCCAAGGAUUAUGUCAAAUGGUGAAAAGGCUGAAGCGGAUAUCGGGCGUAGGCUGUCUCAACACGAAUUGACGAUUCCUUACACAUCAGACAUGGCUGCGAAAAAUAAAGCUGAAGUUGACAUUAAUAUGCUAGAAAGAGAUCCUAACCAUGUCAAUGAGGAUGUUAGGGUUGGCUUUGAAGAAGUAUUUGCCGAACCGAACGGUAUGCAUUCGUUUGAUAUGGUUUGGGAAUACAGUUUUCUUACAUUUUCCUCAUCAAAACUAUGGUGCUAUAAAAUAAUCACAGCAUUUUGCAGUUUGCCUUUCUCGCUAUGUUGGGGCAUACAGUUCGCGUGCUUAACAUUCUGCCAUAUUUGGUAUGUGAUGCCCUGUCUCAAAAUGUGGAAUAUCAUUUUAGACUGGGUAGGAAAGAUUUGGUCAAAUUGUAUCCGGACGUUUGCUGAUCCUCUAUAUGAAUCAGCAGGACGUGUUCUCGGUAACAUUCGUAUUACGACGAGAACCGAAUGACACUUUACAGUGUGUUUCCAUCCAUUUACACCAAGGUUGUUAUGACGUAAUUGACAUGCCAGUUAUCAACAUUACCUUGGUAUUUACUUUGGAUUCAUAAAAAAAAUAUAAUGAUCCUGAAAGAAGAUGUAUUUUAGGUGAAUUUGAUGAGUUGUUGAUUGAAACCAUACGUGAUUAGUAGGAAAGCAAACUGUUCUUGUUCAAAAUCAAAAUACACUUUGAACAUCUUAACAAUUGUUUUAAUAAUACAGAAAUAAUAAUAUUUUAGCACUGUACAAGCCAAUAUAUAUUAUUACUUAUAUGUUUUUGCAAUUAAACUGUGGCAUUAAUUUUUAAAACAUGCCUUUAAAUUAUAUAUUAAUAAAUUCGUAAAAUAUAAAAUUAUAGUAGUGAAAAUUAUUAAAUUUGUUUCAUAUAUCUAAUACAUUAAAGCUAUAAUUUACGUGAGAGCCAAACUGAAAUUCGAACCGAAUUUCCAGGGCGCUGAACGUGUCCCUAUAUUACUCUUACACGCUGACUAAUCGGUUCGGUAGGACAUAAUGUAAAAUGUGAUUAUUGUUGAUUGCUAUUAUUUUCAUGAACUAAGCUUAGCAUAAGGCAUUUGAUAUCUUAUGUAACAAUACAAAUGUCUAUUAUAUUGAGAAUUUUUUUUAUAAAUUUAUUUAAUAAUUACUUCUUCAGCAACGUUGAUUAAACCAUUAAAGCUUUUGCAGUUAACAUUGCAACAAACAACAGUGACGAGACAGAUACACGAAAUCAUUCAUACCAUAAUUAGAUCCUGGUGUAAAAUGGACUUUGUUUAUUUUGUUAUGUAUAGUAUAGUAUUUAAAAAUAUGUCAAACUGAUUUAUUUGCAAAUUGGUAAAAUUGGCAAACAAGAUGGUAAAAAAUCAAUAAACUCCGGAGAAAUGGUAAUAAGUUUAAAUGAGUAAACGUUUUCGGUUAUCAACCGAUAUAAUCUUGACAAAGGUAAAAUGAGCAAAUGAGAUGUUAGAUGAUGAUUAUUAUUAUUAUUAUUAUUAUUAUUAUUAUUAUUAUUAUUAUUAUUAUUAUUAUUAUUAUUACUAUUAUUAUUAUUAUUAUUAUUAUUAUUAUUAUUAUUAUUAUCAUUAUUAUCAUUAUUAUUAUUAUUUUAUCAUUAUUAAUAUUAUUGUGUUUUAAUACUAUUUCAGUUUUCAUCCAAAACUGCUCCUUUUGAUCUCUUGCCUUGUACAUUAAUUUAUAAUUUUGAUUUGACUUAUUUAAAUAAACAGAUGUGUAAUAGGCCUACACUGUAAGAUAAUGAAUAAAAACGAUUAUGAGUUACUA